ACAACUCUAACCGUACACGUGGCGCCAUAUAAUUGGCUUAGAGAAUAAAGUCGAGCAGAUGUUGAGCUUUUGAGAGAGGAAGAGCCAGAGAGAGUCUAAUUCAUGGCGUCUUCAAAGAUCCAAGCGCUGUGGAACCACCCGGCCGGCCCUAAAACCAUUCAUUUUUGGGCACCAACUUUUAAAUGGGGCAUCAGCAUAGCUAAUAUUGCUGACUUCUCUAAACCACCUGAAAAUCUUUCAUAUCCUCAGCAAAUAGCCGUUGCAUGCACUGGAAUUGUCUGGUCACGCUAUAGUACUGUUAUCACUCCUAAGAACUGGAAUCUUUUUAGUGUCAACGUAGCAAUGGCCGGGACAGGCCUCUACCAACUCUCACGGAAAAUACGGCAUGACUAUUUCUCUGAGGCAGAACCAGCUGUUGCAGAACAAUGAUGACGAAAAUUGUUUGAGCCACAUCUCGUCAUGCGUGCAAGGAUUAUGUUGCCUCUGUCCGUUGUAUUGGAUUUGAUUUCUUACAUGCGAUUCCUUUCUUUGGAGGGUCUUGAUAGGAAAGUUUGAUGUAGUGUGGGUUUUUGUACUUCUGAUUAUGAUCAUGCAUGCUCGUUAAUUAACUGAUAGGGAACAGUUGAAGAGCCAAAAGUUCAUGAUUGACAAAUAAUCUGUUCCUCAAAAUUUCUUAAUUAUCAGUUUCCUCCUCA